AUGACACCCACCACCCCAACUAAACCUCCGCAUCGACGAUACAAACACUCCUUGAGAUGGCCAAGAAUACCAAAGCGCCCUGAUCCAUGGACCCCCACAGUCCUAGAUCUCAAUGCGCCAACGCCCUCGCCACCAGCACGUUGCCUCCCCAUCCUCCACCCUUCGCACAACGCGUCGAAUCCCUUGACGAUUGAAGUGGAUGGAAUCCCUGAACGAAAUGGUGCAACCUGGACGUGGACAGUGAAGAAACGCCCACUCUCCCAAAUCGAGGCCGGCCAACCGGUCGUGCUCAUUACCGGAGGAUCACGUUCUGGGACCGGCCUCAUCGAAGCAGUAUCCGAGCUCCGGAGACACUGGAUCACGUGGUCCCUCGCCGGAUCACCGGGGAUCUACGGGAUCAGAGCUCCAACGUCAUGGUCGAGACUCGCCGGUCGCGACAGAACAAUCCAUACAACCCUAUACCACCUCUUACCGCCCCUACCACCCCCACACCUCUCUCUCACCUCGAACAUGCUCAUCCGCGAGAGCAACGAAAGCCCUUACGAAUUUGAAUCUGACGAGGAAGAGGAGGCAGAACCCUAA